AUGGUGAUUCAACUCGAGCAAGCAGUUACCUGCAGAAGCUGCGAGUACGUGACGUGCACGCUGCACUGCGAUGUGCCAGCAAUCGCACAUCGCUGCGAUUUCGACACGGCGAACCUCGUCAUCGACCUUACUCGACGAUCCUUUACCAGUAUGGAGAAGUUGGCUCUAGACGCCAAUGUCAUCAGCAAAUGGCCAGCCGUUUGUGCCGACAUUAAGACCUACCGACUUCCUUCACCAGCAAGUCCUCCGAAAGAAAUCGAUGUGGUAGCACAGAGUCACGGAAUGUCUGAGGAUGCCACUAACAUAACAUCACCAUCGACGGCAGCCGUAUCGAAAGAGACGACUUCAUCUGUAAUUCCUGCACUGCUUUUACUCCUCUUCUCCUUGGCUUUACUAUAG